AGUUUUAAAGGCGUCUCCCUUCUUGCAGGCACUUGUAAAACAAUGAACGUCUUUGAGUGUGGACAAUUUUGAAUGCAGGCAGCCUGACAAGCGGGGAAACUUGCGCUACCUUCCCCGGCUAUGACCCCCCGACUGAAUGUGCUCAAGAGCAGGGAAGUUUCCAUUUUGCUCUGACUAACAUAUAAAGCCAUUUGAACUUGGCGACAACAAGCACAUUCGCAGCUUCUUCAGAUCUGCGUUUCAAAGUCUCCGAGGAAACGGGAGCGGUGAACCAGCGCCACGAAACGGAUUAUCGACGAUCGUUCACGGCAUCACACAGCUGGUUUACUUUAUACCAACCGCCCGGAUCACUGUUAGACUGGGUUGCCCACAAGAAGAACAACAGAGAAACACAUUUUUGCGCAUAAUUCGAUUUAACUGCAUUAUUUGAAGAGCUUGUGGAACUGACCCGCAAGUGUUGAGCAACUUUAAAAGCAAUGGUGGGAAGACUGAACUUGCGGAAUGUGUGUGACGAUGAUCCGCUGGAUAUGAAUUUCAAAGCAGAUCGGCCACUGGACAGUCCGGACUCCGGUCUGCCUCCGAGUCCGAGCCCGAGCCCGAGCGUUUGGCUACUGCAGGGCAGCGGGGCUGGAACCCCGAUUACAGAAGACGAGAACAGAGGGACAGCUGUGGUUCCUAAUAAUCGCCAGUUGCAUGCAUUUUCCUACGGAGAAGGAAUUGAACUUGAUCCUCUGCCACUAAAAGAAAUAAGAUACACGUCGUCAGUGCGUUAUGAUUCAGAUCGGCACUUCAUCCAGGACGUGACCCUGCAGCCCAAGGGUUUGGGUCUGGAGAUGUGCAGCCAGACGGUGUUGGCCCUGCCUCAGAGCACCUGGAGACAUUACAAGACCCAACUGGAGUUCCAGCCCCGUCAGCGGGUGCAGCGCUACCAGAGCACCACCAUAGUGUACCCCAAACACACCCGGACCUUCUACACCACCCAGCUUAAUUAUGAUGGGCACAAGCUGUCCAAGCGCUUCUUCUCUGCAGUAGAGCUGCAGGCUUCCGAUUGUCAGGCUGGUCUUUGAAAGACACACGGGCAUCUGUGCCUGACAUUACGCCCAUAUGUACCAAUUAUAAACCACCGCCUGAAUUCAUUGAGUCCCAAGAGGGAAAAAAGGAAACUCGGACUGAAAUUGUUGCCAGUUGGAAAGGGGAUCCCUAGACAGACGUGUAGUUUUAGUUUAAGGAAAGUAAGCAACUGUGUUGCUCUGUUUGAAGGUUAGGAACAGCAAAAAUGGAGAUUUGGGCUUUCUCCAUCAGUUCUCAGUGGUAAUGUACAAUGGUUGUAUGUAGAAAUGUGGUUGAUUUAAUAGUGAGAUUCAAGUUUCAGAUAUUCUGCUCUGAUUUUGGACCACCAUUAGAUUGAAGAUUUAAAUUUGAAGAUGACAGUUGGCCAUAGAGAAAUGUGAGGAAACUGAUUUGCCCACCAUAAAUUGAGUGUUAAAAUAAUAAAAUAGUGUAUUUCAGGGUUGAGUUACAAAGGUGGAGUUCAAGUAUGUCUUUCACGUUUCAUUUAACAGGUUCAAUCUUACUGAGCUAUAGAAGGGUUCAUAUUUUAGGACCUAAAAAUUGCUUUCUGAAAAAACAGGGUUAGGGUGUCUUUGCACAGGAGUUGUGAGUCUAUCUGGGUUAAAACAUUAACUCCAUCUUUAACUAACCUUAUCUGCAUUUUUUUUUACUACUGUAAGUCUUCAUUAGGACAUUUAUGCUGUUAUCCAUAUUUUCUUUAUGUAAUGGCUAGCUAACUUCCACAGAUCUGCUUGGUUUUAGUAAGUCGUUCUUUGUAUUGUUACCCGUGAAGGAAAAAUGAGAAGUGGGGUCACAUUAGACUGAGGUAUCUUAAAGUAAAUUAUAAUGUAAAUAACAGCAUUUCAGUUUAAAAAUGUUUUUGUCAGUGGCACUUUUUCCUAUUUAUUUCCUGUUCUGGUUUUCUCUUUAAUUCUGUGCACAGUUAUUGAUCAAGUGUGUGUCACAAAUGUGCUGGUUUUUAAAAUCUGUAGCUGUGCUGUGUAAAAUUUAUUCUUUUUAACUCUAAUUCCUUUAAGAUGGUUAUUAACUGUUGAAAUGAAAUAAAUACAUUUUAAAGUGACAA